GUUUUUGUUUGUCUCUCGUUGUUCAUUUUUGCAACCAUGAUGCGCAUUACGAACAACGUGGACACCAAGCACGAGGACAUCAUCCACGACGUCGCGUACGACUUUUACGGCAAGCGGAUGGCGACGUGCUCGAGUGACCACCGCGUCAAGAUCUGGGACUUGGGCGACGACGGCAGCUGGAAUUGCACUUACACGAUCAACAAGGCACACAACGCGUCGGUCUGGAAGGUCGCAUGGGCACACCCCGAAUACGGCCAAGUCGUCGCGUCUUGCUCGUUCGAUCGCACCGUCAACAUUUACGAAGAGCAAGUAGAGGAGGAUUCCAAGAAGCAAAGCACCUGGCUCCGCAAGGCCAUGUUGGUUGACAGCCGAGACACUGUCAGGGAUAUCAAGUUUGCUCCCAAGCAUGCUGGUUUGAAGUUGGCCACUUGCUCAGCGGACGGCUACGUACGGAUAUACGAGGCAAACGAUGUCAUGAACCUGACAUUCUGGCCUCUGAUGGAGGAGUUUGAAGCACGCAAGGAAGGCUGCAAUUGCAUUUCAUGGAAUCCAUCCAAGUAUCACUCUCCCAUGAUUGCAGUCGGUAGCGACGAUGUGCUCAUCCGCAUCUGGGAAUACAACGAGACUGUGCGUCGUUGGCAAUGCUUGGACACACAGAUCGACCACAGCGCAGCAGUCUACGACGUUGCUUUUGCUCCCAACGUUGGCCGAUCAUAUCAUCUUCUUGCGUCCUGCUCGAAAGACAAGACAGUCAAGAUUUGGAAGCUCAUCCCACCAGGCGCCGCGGGUCCUGGCGCCGAUGUGGUUUCUUCUGGCAAGCUGACAGUGCAGCUUGCAGCCACCUUCAAGCAUGAUUCCGAGGUUUGGCGCGUCGAAUGGAACGUGACUGGUACCAUUCUAGCUUCCUCGUCCGACGAUGGCACCGUUCAAUUGUACAAGCUCGGAAUGCAACCCGAUGAAUGGAGGCGCAUCUCAGUGGUCAAUGGCACACCGGUCGAUUAAAUUGGCGUUUCAGCUGGAAUGGCUCCUUGAUUGGUGCUCAUGUUUUUGUUUUUCACUUCUGUUUCAAUCUGCUGUGUCUGCGCUCGGCAAUCUCAGCUGGAUUGUCUUGUCUACAUGUUAACGAAAAAACGAAAUGCGAGAAACACGCGAUUGC